AUGGGGUUUUGGGGUUAUUUAUGUUUUGGUUGUUGGGGUUGGGGUGGGGGGGGUGGGGGGUGGGGUGGGUUGGGGGGGUUGGGGGGGGGGUGUGGUGGUGUAGUGUUAGGUGUUUUGUGGUGUGGUUUUUUUUGUGUUUUUAGGGUGUGUAAUGUUUUUGGGUGGGUGUGGUGGGGGGGGGGGUUUGGUGGUGUGUUGUGGUGGGUUGGUUUGUGGGUGGUGGGGGGUGUUUGGUGUGUUGUGGUUGGUUGUUUUGUUUGUGGGGUGUUGUGGUGGUGGGUUUGUGUGGGUUGUGGGGGUGGGGGGUUGGGUUGGGUUUUUUGGUGGGGGGGGGUGGGUGUUUGGGUGGUUUGGGGGGGGGGGGUGUUGUUUGGUGGUUUGGGGGUGGGUUAUGGGGGUGUUGUUUGGGGGGGUUGGGGGGUUGUUGUUUUUGGGUUGUGGGGGUGGGUGGUUUUGGGUGGUUGGGGGGAUGGUUGGUGUUUGGGUGGUUGGGGGGUGUUUGGGGGGGGGUGGUUGUGGGGGUUUGGGGUGUUGGGGGGUUGGGGGUUGGGGUGGUUGUGGGGUGGGGGGGGGUUGGGGGGGGGUUGGGGGGGUUGGGGGUGUGGGGGUUGUGGUGUUGUGGGGUAUUGGGGGGUUUGUUGGGGGUUUUGGGGUUGGGGGGGGUGGUGGAAUUGGGGUUUGGGUGUUUUUGGGGUGUUUUGGGGGGUGGGGUGGGUUUUUGGGGGUGGGUUGUUGUGUGUGUGUGGGUGGGGGGGAUGUGUGGUUUGGGUUUGUGUUUGUUGGUUAUGGUUUGGUUGGUUAUUGUUGAUGUGUGUGGGGUUGGGUGUGUUGUGGUGGGUUUGUUGGGGUUGUGGGGGGGGGGGUGUGUUUUGGUUGUUGUGUGUGUGGUGGGUGGGUGUGGGUUGGGUGUGGGGGGGGGGUUGUGGGGUGGUGUGGUGUGGGGUGGGUGUGGGGGGGUGUGUGGGGGGGUGGGUUGGUGUGGGGUGGUGGGGGGUGGGUGUGUGGGUUGGGUUUGUGUGGUGGGGUUUUUGUGGGGUUUGGUGGUGGGUUUGGGUGUGGGUUUGGGGUGGGGUUGGUGGUGUGUUUGGUGGUGGUUAUGGUGGUGGGGGUUUGGUGGUGGGGGUUGGUGUGGGGGGGUUGGUGUGGGGUUUGGUGGUGGUUUUGUGGUGGGGUUUGGUGGGGUGGGGUUUUGGUGGGUGGGGUGGUUGGGGUUUGGUGGUGGGGUUUUGGGUGGUGGGUUUGGUGGUGGGGUUUGGUGUGGGGUUUGGUGGUGGGUUGGGUGGUGGUUGUGUGGGUGGGGUUUGGGUGGUGGGGGGGGGGGUGGGGGGUGGGGGGGGGGGGGGGGUGGUGGGGGGUGGGUGGGGUGGGGGGUGGGGGGGGUGGGGUGUUUUGGGUGGUUGGGGUGGGGGUGGGGGGGGGGUGGUGGGGGUUGUGGGGGUUGGGUGUGGUGUGUGGGGGGGGGGUGGUGGGGUGGUGGGUUGGGGGGGGUGUGGGGGGGGUUGGGGUGUGUUGGGGGGUUUUUUUUGGUGGUGUGGGGUUGUUUUUUGGGGUUUGGGGGGGGGUUGGGGUGUGGGGUGGUGGGUUGUGUGGUUUGUGGGGGUGUUUGGGUUUGGUUGUGGGGUGGUGGGUGGUUGGUGGGGGGGGGUUGGGUGGGGGGGUGUGUGGGGGGGGGGGUUUGGUGGGUGGUGGGUGGGGGGGUGUGGGGGGUGGGGUUGUGUUUGGGGGGGUGUUGGUGGGGGGGUUUGGGGGGGUUGGGUGUUGUUGGGGGUGUUGUGGGUGUGGGGGGGGGGGGGGGUGUUUGGGGGUGGGGGGUUGGGGGGUGGGGUUGGGGGGGUUGGGUGGGGGGGGGGGGGUGGGGUGGUGGGGGGGGGUGGGGGUUGGGGGGGGUUGUGGUGGGGGUGGUUGUGGUGGGGUGUGGUGGUGGGUUGUGGGGUGGGGGUUUGGGGUUGUGUGGGUUGGUUUAGUGGGGUUGGUUGUGGGGUUGGGGUUGUUUUGUUUGGGGGUGGGGGGGGGGGGGUGUUGUUUGUUGGUUGGGGGUGGUUUUGGGGGUGGGGUGGUUGUGGGUGGGUGUGUUUGGUUUGUGUUGUUUGGGGGUGGGGGGGGGGGGGUGGUGGUUGUGGUGGGGUUUUUUGGGGUUGGUGUUGUGGGGUUGGUGGGUGGGGGGGGUGGGGGGGGGGGGGGUGGGGGUGGUGGUGGGGUGUUGGUGGGGGGGGGGGGGGGGGGGGGGGGGUGGGGGGGGGGUGGGGGGUGGUGGGGGGGGUUGGGGGGGGUUUUUGGGGUGGGUUGGUGGUGGGUGUUGGUUGGGGGGUGGGUGGGUGGGGUUGGGGGGUUGGGGGUGGGGGGGGGUGGGGGUGUUGGGGGGGGUGGGUGUUGGGGGUGUUGGUGUGGGGGGGGUGUUGGGGUGGGGGGGGUGGUGGGGGUUGGGGGGUGGGGUUGUGUUGUGUUGGGGUGGGGGGGGGGGGGGGUUGGGGGGUGGGGGGGGUUUGUGGGGGUUGUGUGGGUUGUGGUGGUGGGGGGGGGGGGGUGGUGUGUGGGGGUGGUUGGGUUUUGUUGUUGUGUGGUGUUGGUGGGGGGGUGGUGGGUGUUGGUUUGGUGUUGUGGGGGUGUGGGGGUGUGUGGGGGGGGGGGUGGGGUGGGUGGGGAGUUUGGGUUGGGGUGGGUGGGUUGGGGGGGGGGGGGGUUGGUGUUGGUGUUGGUGGGUUGUGGGGGGGGGUGUUGGUGGGUGGGUGGGGGUUGGGUGGGGGGGGGUGGUGUGGGGGUGGGUGGUGGGUUGUUGGUUGGGGGUUGGGGGGUGUGUGUGGGGGGGGGGUUGGGUGGUGUGUUUGUUGGUGUGGGGGGUGUGGGUGGUUGGGGGGUGGUUGUGGUGUGGUGUGGGUGGGUGGUGUUGGGGGGGGGGGGGGGGUUUGUGGGGGGGGGUGGUGGGGGUUUGUUGGGUGGGGGGGGGUGUGUGGUUGGGGGGGGGGUGGGGGGGUGGGGGGGUGUUGGGGUGUGUGGUGGGGGGGGGGGGGGGGGGUGGGGGGGGGUUUGGUGGGGGUGGUGUGGGUGUGUGGUGGGGGGGGGGGGGGGGGGGUGGUUGUGUGGGGUGGUUGGGUUUUUUGUUUGUUUGUUGGGUGGUGUGUUGGUGGGGGGGUGGGUGGGUUUGUGUUUGGGGUGUUGGGGGUGUGGGGGUGGUGUGGGGGGGUGGUUGGGGUGGUGGGUGGUUUGUGUGGGGUGUUUGGGGGGGGUGGGGUUUUGGGUGUGGGGGGGUUUGGGGGGUGGGGGGGGGGGUUGUGGUUGUUGGGUGUUUGUGUGGGGGGGGUGUUGGUGGGGGGUUGGGGGGUGGGUGGGGUGGGUGGGGUGGGGGGGGGUGGUGUGUGUGUGUGGUUUUUGGGUUGUGUUGGUUUGUUGUGUGGGGGUGUGGGUGGUUGGGGUGGUUUGUGGUGUGGUGUGGUGGUUUUGGUGUUGGGGGGGGGGGGGGGGGGUUUGUGGGGGGGGUGGGGUGGGUGUUUGUGGGGUGGGGGGGGGGUGUGUGGGUUGAGUGGGGGGGUGGGGGGGUGGGGGGGGGGGUUUGGUUUUGGGGGUGUGUUGUGGUGGGGUGUGUUGUUGGGGUUGGGUGGUGGGGUUGUUGUUGGGGGGUGGGUGGGGGUGGGGUGGUGGGGGGUGGUGGGGUGUUGGUGGGUGGGGGGUGUGGUGGUGGUUGGGGUUGUGGGGGUGGGUGGGGUUGUUGGGUGGUGGUGGGGGGUGUGGUGGGGGGGGAUUGGUGGUGGUGUUUGUUUGUGGGUGGGGGGGGGGGGGGGGGGGGGGGGGGGGGGUUGGUGGGGGGUUGGUUUUGGUUUUGGGGGUUUGUGGGGGGGGUGGUGGGGGGGGGGGGGGGGGUGGGGGGGGGUUGGGGGUGGGGGUUGUUGGGGUGGGUUGUUGUGGGUGGGGUGGGGGGGGGGGGGGGGGGUGGUUGGGGUGGGUGUGUGGUGGGGUUGUUUUUUGUUUGGGGGGGGGGGGGGGGGGGGGGGGGGGGGGGGGGUGGGUGGUGUUGGGGGGGGGGUGUUGAGUGUGUGGGUUGGGGUGGUGGGGGGGGGUUUUGGGGGGGGGGGGGGGGGGGGGGGGGGGUGGGGUGUUUGGGGUGGGUGGGUGGGGUUGGGGGGGGGGUGGGGGGGGGUGGGGGGUGUGUGUGUGGGGGUGGGGGGUUGUGGGGGUUGGGUGGGGGGUGGUUUGUGGGGUGGGGGGGGGGUGGGGGGGGGGGGGGGGGGGUUGGGGUGUGGGUGGGGGGGGGGUGUGUUGUGUGGUUUGGGUGUUUUGGUGGUGGGUUGGGGGGGGUGGGUGUGGGUUUGGGGGGUUUGGGGUUUGUUUUGGGGGGGGGGGGGGGGGGUUGGUGGGGUGGUGUGUUGUUUUGGGGUGGGGGGUGGGUUGGUGGGGGGUUGUGUGUGGGGGGGGUGGUGGUGUGUGUGGGGGUGUGUUGGUGUGGUUGGGGGUGUGGGUUUGGUGGGGGGGUGGGGUGGGUGGGGGUUGUGGGGGUGUGGUGUUGUUUUUGGGGUUUGGGGGGUGUUGUGUGGGGUGUUGUUUUGGUGGGGGUGGGUUUGUUUUUGUUGGGGGGUUGUGGGGGGGGGGGGGGGUGGUGGGGGGGGGGGGUUGGGGGGGGUUGGUGGGGGGGGGGGUGGGGUUGGGUGGGGGGGGUGGUGGGUGGUGGGGGGGGGGUGGGGUGGGGGGGGGUGGUGGGUGGGGGGGGGGGGGGGGGUGGGGGUGGUUGUGGGGGUGGGGUGGGGGGGGGUGGGGGGGGUUUUUGUGUUGGUGGUGGGUUGUGGUGGUGUGGUUGGGUGUUGUUGGUUGGUGGUGUUGUGGCUGGUGUUUUUGUUGUUGGGUGGGUGUUUUGUUGGGUGUUUGUGUUGUUUGGUGGUUUUUGGGUGUGGGGGGUGGUGUGUGGUUUGGUGGAGUUGUUGGGUGGGGGUGUUUUGUGGUUGGUGGUGUUUGGUUGGUGUGUUGUGGUUGGGGGUGGUGUUUGGUUGGGGUGUUUUUGUGUGGUUGGGUGGUUUUGUGUGUUGGGGGGUGGUUGGAUGUGGUUGUGUGGUGUUUGGGGUUUUUGGUGUUGGUUGUUGUGGUUAUUUGUUGUGGGGUGGAUUGUUGGUUGUUGGUGGUUUAGUUGUGUUUGUGGGUUUGGGUUUGGGGGGGGGGUGGGUGGUUUGGGUGGGGGGGGGGGGUGUGUGGUGGGGUUGUGUGGGGGUGGUUGGGGUGUGUGUGGGGGGGGGGGGGGGGGUGGUGGUGGGGGGGUGGGUUGGGGGUUGUGGGUUGUGUGGUUGGUGGUUUGUUGUGGUGUGUGUGGGUUGGUGUUUGUUGGUGUGUGGUUGGGGUGGGUGUUUGUGUGGUGGUGGGUUGUGUGGGUGGGUUUGUUGGUUGGUGGGGGGGGUUGGGGGGGUGUGUGUUUUGUGUUGUUGUGGUGUUGUUGGUGGUGUGUGUGGUGUGUGUGGGUGUGUGUGGGGGGUAGAUGUAGGUGGUGUUGUGGGAGUGUGUGUGGUGUUGUGA